AUCAGAUUGCAUAAUAAUUGGUUACAUCACCGGUGAGAAUUAAAGAAAAUUUUCAUUCCUGUUCUUUUUCCUUUGGAUACCAAUUCCACCAAAGAAACUGCGGCAUCUACGUUUUCUCAAAGACUUAGAAGGCAUAACAUUCAUGGUGCUCUAUAACUCAAGAAGCCUUGUCUCUCUUAUACGAGCCAACAGAGCAUUCCCUUUCUGCACCUCAAAGGUUCUAGGAUCUCUUCAUCGCUUGCAGUGCACAUCAUCCGAUGACACCAUGUCUGUGGAUCGUAAUGGCAUCGAUGUCGGAGCUAUGAGGAAAUCCUACAAGGCUGGACACCAAGCAUUCGUUGAAGAUGAUCUGAGCUCUCGUGAUCCGAUGACUCAGUUUACAACGUGGUUCAAGGAGGCGUGUAAGGCAACCGAAAAUUCCAAGACAGAAGCAAAUGCCAUGACAAUUGCUACAGCUACCAAAGAUGGUCGUCCAUCAGCGAGAAUGGUGCUGUUGAAGGGAUAUGAUGAAACAGGAUUCAGAUUCUUUACCAACUAUGAAAGCAGAAAAGGCAAGGAACUGGCUGAGAAUCCCUUUGCAGCUUUGGUGUUCUACUGGGAUUUUCAAAGUAGAUCAAUUCGUAUUGAAGGGCCUGUUGUGAAGCUGACCCCCGAAGAAUCAACCGAGUACUUCCAUUCCCGUCCGAAGGCCAGUCAGAUCGGUGCUGUUGUCAGCAAUCAGAGUAGACCUAUAGAAGAUAGAAAUAUCCUGACCAACAAAGAUGCUGAGUUGAAAGAGCAAUAUAAAGAGGAGUCUGCUGUUAUUCCUAGGCCCGACUAUUGGGGUGGUUUCAAAGUGAUUCCUGAGAUGAUUGAAUUCUGGCAGGGACAGAGCAAUCGACUUCACGACAGGAUCGUGUUCCGUAAGCCAAGAAACGGAGAAAUCAUAGACGGAAAGCUGGUUCACCAGGGAGAGAAUGGCUGGGUGUAUGAGCGACUUUCACCAUGAUUACCUCCAAUUUAAAUGUCAUGUUGAACAUGUGCUUCUCUCAAAUCACUGACAGGGAAGUGUAUCAGCUGUAUGGGUGGUUUUAAUACGUUGUUGAUUUGUUGAAUACUGGUGUAAUAUAGGUGUCUCUGUUUGGCGCCAAAUAAACACUGGCCAAACCACCUUAAUUGAAGUAAGCCUGGUGUGAGGAUUAAAGUAAAUCGGUAAUAUUUUCACAUUCAAAGUCAGUUUAAGUGUUCAACUCAGCAACCUUAUUCACGCUUUCAACACUAAUCGUAACCCCCAACAGCUUACUUGCAAGAAAACAUUUGGGGAUUUCAAAUGCUGUGUUGAAUUCUGACUUUGGUGUUGAGCAAAAUAAACACCAAACCUGAUGUGAGGCUCAUGCUUGGAUUAACACUACCGGAUGUUGAGCUAUCUUUAUUGGGUCUCGUUUAUAUUUUAUGCCCUAAAGUCAUUUUGGGGACUCACUUAAGGCUUAUUCACGCUCUGAGCUCUAACACCUCCCAACACCAUACCGAAAAUCACCCAUUAGAUUGGAAGGCACAGACGUGCUCUUUUAUAUAUCCACUGCCACUACAGGGUUCUCAAUUCCAAAUACCUUUCAUUUG